GCAAAACCGAAUUGGAAUAAGUAAUUCCCGAGAAUUAAAUGGUUUUCCGGCUAUAAAUGGCCGCCAAAAGCAGCGAGAAGGAGAAGGGCGAGUCCCAGGAGCCGGUGACGCCGGCGGAGAAGUCUGAACCGGCGGCAGCCAGCGAUCCUGGCGAGCUAAAGGCCAAGGAACCGGCGACGGAGGAGGCAACGCCGGCCAAAAAGGAUGGAGGACGCAAGAGGAAGCGCCAUUUGUUCAACUCGAUUCGCAGCCAAAUGGAGUUUUACUUCGGGGACGCCAACCUGAGCAAGGAUCGCUUCCUGCGGCGCUACGUGGAGCAGGAUCCAUAUGUUCCCCUAGAGAUCUUUCUCACGUUCAACAAGAUCAAGACGCUCACCCAGGAUGCGGAGCAGAUAGCCAAGGCUUUGAGCAACUCGCAGCUCCUGGAGCUGGACGAGACCAAGCUGAAGGUGCGCCGCCGCACCAAGCUUCCCGAUCAUCGCGAUGUCAACGAUAAAACCCUGUAUGUGGAGGCCCUGCCCGCAAAUGCCACUCAUGAUUGGCUGAAGGAGGUGUUUAGCCGCUACGGACCGGUGGCCUAUGUCUCCCUGCCCCACUAUCCGGGCACCAGGAAGAUCAAGGAGUUCGCCUUCAUCGAGUUCGAGAAGAGCGGCUCCGUGGAGAAGGCGGUGAAGGCAUUUGCUCAGAUCCAGGGCGUUCUUUCGCUGGAAACCGAUCCUGGAGAGCUGGCCAGCGUGCGUUCCUUCCAGCAGCAGCAAAAGCAGCAGGAGCAGCAGCCGCCGGAGGAGGCCAGUGAUACCGUGGAGCCGCUGAAGCGAAAUCUUAAGAGGGAGGCUGCCGAGAAAGAGGAGCCGCAGGAGGUGAAACGCCUCAAGCUGCAGGAGGAGCAGCAGCCCAGCGAGGCCUCCACGGCGGAGGAGGAAACCGGCAGCGAAACGGAGGAGGCGGAGGAAAAGACAGAGGGCGAGGCGGCUACCAAGAAGCGGCGACGCAAACGCAAGAAGAAGGCAAUCGUAGACAAGCCGAACAUUGAACCCAGCGCUCUGGAGCUCAAGGUGCUGCCCAAGACCAGCUGGAGCAGUCUGCGCAACAAGUACUUGAAUCUGCAGCGUCGCCUGAUCAGCGAGGCCAAGGCGAAGCUCUGGCGGGAGCAGCAUCCCCAUCAGCAGCAGCAGCCGCUGCACCACCAAAACCAUCCCAAACCCUCGUCGCAGCUGCCCGAGGCGGUUAAGGAGGAGGAAUCGGGUGUGGAGGUGCUAAGCGAUGGCGGAGAACCCGCCGGAGAUGCAGUUCCUGUACCUGCGAAGCGCCGCAAGGCAGUGCACAAGAUGAACAUGAAUUUCUACGGCGCCGGCGGCGUGGAGUCCACCAAAUCCGAGGAGCCCUCGCAGGAACGCACGCCCCUCUUCAAAUACGAACCGGGAUUAAUUGUGGAGUGCUGCCUCCUCGAACCCUGCGCGAAUGUCAAGGAGUUCAAGGCCGACAUGCGUCAGUAUACGGACAUCAAGUACGUGGACAUCAGGGAGGGCGAUCAGGUGGCCCAGCUGCGCAUGGCCACGCCCGCCGCCGCCGAGGAACUGGUGCGCCAGGUGAGCUGCGCCGAGCGGCAGCUCAAAGUGCUGGCCGGCCAGCAAGAGACGCUCUAUUGGCGCAAAAUCGAACAGGAUCGCGAGGCGAAGCUCUCGAAGAAGGUGCGCGUCCAGCAGAAACGCGGUCGCGAGAAGGUCUCCAAGCUGCUGGCCAAGCACAUCAAGUUCGAUGACGCGGAUGAUGAUGUGCAGGCGGCCGCCAUGGAUUGA